AUGUUAGUUACUGGGAACAACCUGAAGAUGAUACAAGACACAAAGGAGUCAUUGCACAAAGCUUUCAAAAUUAAAGACUUGGGAGAGUUGAAAUUUUUCCUAGGAAUGGAAUUCAGCAGGCCAAACAAAUUCAUUCUAGUGAAUCAAAGGAAAUAUGCACUGGAGAUUAUAUCUGAUCUAGGCCUAGGAGAUGCAAAAUCAUCAUGGACACCAUUGGAAGUUAAUGUAAAGUUGACAGUACAAGAGUAUGAUAAACUGAUAGAGAAAAAAGAUGAUCAUGUUCUUGUAGGUAGAAAUCAGUAUCAAAGGCUGAUAGGAAAUUGCUACUGGGCCUCUUAUCUAAAUACAAGAAUAUCAGUUUCAGGAUUUUUAAUCAAGUAUGUGGAUUCAUUAGUAUCAUGGAAGUCGAAGAAACAAAGCAUAAUUUCUAAAUGUUCAGCAGAAGCAGAGUACAUAAGCAUGUCAAGUGCAGUUUCAGAAGUUGUUUGGUUGACUGCUCUAUUGAAGGAGUUGGAAGUAGAUGUUGCAUUACCAUUUGAUCUGUUUUCUGAUAAUAAGACAGCUUUACAAAUAGUUUCAAAUACAAUAUAUCACGAGAGAACCAAACAUAUUGAAAUAGACUGUCAUUUUAUUAGAGAGAAGAUAUAA